AAGCGCCGUGAAGCUAUCUUAAAAGCAUGGAAAAUAUAAAACGAGCCCGUCAACGAUUACAAAAUUAUCCAUCAUUGCUAGCGAAAUGUUCAGCAUCAGCAGCACUUUAUGCAACUUGUGUUACUAGAGAUUUGAAUGUGAAACAAAACAUUUGUGAAAAAGAAUUUAUCGAGUUCAAACGUUGUUUGAAUGAAGCUGCAAAGCGUAAAUGAAAUAAAGUGAAUUUGUAGACGUAGAUGAAGAGAGAAAAGUAAAUAAAAUCAAGUGGUUAGAACCAAAA